CCACAUUCCAAUACUCAACCGCUUGCAAGAAGCACAUGCCACGUCGUUGUUGGUAAAGCUUCGUCUCUGCUAAACAGUCUAAAAACAGAAUGAGGUGCUGGGGGUUAUACGUCAUUGUCAUCAGCAUCUUCUGCGGGUUUUGUCUCUUUCCUCUUUCUCACUCUGACUUCGGUUAUGCUUCUGGAAAACACAGCAUUCAGCCCUCGUCUCACCCCUUCUCUUACAUAGCUAAACUCACAUACGCUCCGUACUAUACACUCCCUCUCUAGCGCACUGCACUACCAACCCACGUAGUGUAAAACACUCUAUCUCCCUUCCCCCCACCAUGUACCCUAUUUCGGUUCCA